AUGACUCAAUUACAAGACCUUCCACAAGAUGUUCUUCAAAGGAUAUUCAAUUACGUGCCAAAUGAUUUAUUAGUCGAACUUAUUGAUAUUCCAGCUAUUUCAAGCCUGGUUGCCAAUGCUUUAUAUUCCACAGUUUUGGUUGGUAAAAGAUCAAAAAUCACCAGUAAAAUAGAACUUCAAGGUACGAACAAAUUACCUAUUGUUCAACAUAUUUCUCAUAUAGUGAAAUUACAGAAAAAGUAUCCUAAUUUAAAACCAAAGAAAUGGAUUUUUGCAAAUAAAUUCGAUGCUUUAGAACAAGGUAAUGAAUUCCCACAGAUUCUUGAAAAUUCCCAAGUGGAAAUACUGCUUCAAGAAAAAAUUGGAUUGUUUUGUAUGAAGUAUACACAAAGUUCAAUUCAAGUUACUUCCGUAACUGGAUUUCAAGUCAGACGUUUAAGGGACAUUAUUGAUUCAAGGUUAUUGAAUUGUAUGGAAUCAGUUUAUUGUGGUGGACAUAAUACUUGGCCCAAAUUAUCAUCGUUUCCAAAUUUGACUAGUCUUAGAGUUUCUGCUGAAGUAUCACCAACUCAACUUUAUCGACUUCCAAGACAUUUGAAGAAAUUAUUCAUUGGUUUAGAAAUUAAAAAGAGAGAUUAUCGUAAAGAGAAGAACCAUCCGGACAUGAUAACUAAAUUUGACUUUCCAAAUGGGUUAACUGAGUUAUCAAUGGAAUUUUCACCAGAAUGUGCAUACGAUUGUUGUUUCCAUGUUGAUAUUUCACACUUGACUAUGCUUAGAAAGUUAUCAAUUCGUCCAGAAUCAAAUUUUGGCUCCGAACAAGUUGGUUUACAAUGGAUAUUACCAAAAAGUAUAAGAUGGUUAGAUUAUGUUAGUUAUCAUACUAUAAGUGGAUUCCUUAAAACUUCAUGUCCACAAUUGAUUUCUUUAAUAGCAGAUCAGGCUGAUGGAGAUUUAAUUGAUCAUCAUAUUAAAAAAUUACCAGAUACUUUGCAAGAACUUAAAACUUCAUGUGAAGGGGUGGUGACUUUACCUAGACAUUCUCGUGAUGACAACGGAAAUAAGAGACAUAAACCAGAUUUGACUGAUAAAUAUCCUAGUGGUUUGAAAAAACUGUCAAUUUACGAUCCAUUGGGUAAAUUUUCGAAGAGAAGUAGAAUAAUUCAAAUUCCACCAACUAUUACAAGCUUGAAACUUUGUGAGAUAUCUAAUAUUGAUUUUGAUUCUUUACAAGAUCUUGAAAACCUUGUUGACCUUGUAAUGGCAUCAUCACCUGGUAGAAUCGAAGUAUUUGACUAUAAACUUCCUCCAUCUUUGAAAUCUUUGACAAUUAGAAAUUCAAAGGUUAAAAAGCUUAUCAUAGAUGCUCCAAAUCUUGAAACUUUGAUUAUUGGUGGAGAUUUAGAAGGAAUUGUUGUUGAUGAAUCAAAACUAGUCAUCCCAUCAAGUCUCAAAAAGUUGACACUCGAGGAUAACAAAAUUGAAGAACUUGCAAUUGCUCUUCCUGAAUCUUUGGAAUGGUUAGAUCUUUCACUGAACAAGCUCAAGAAUCUUAAGAAUAUACCUUCUGGUUUGACACAUCUUGAUUUAUCUAAUAAUAAAUUUGGAUCUACAGAUGAAAUAAUCACUUUCCCAGUGAACUUGAAAUUACUAAAUUUAAAUUCAAAUCCUAUUCAUGAUGAUUGGAUUUCCAAACUGAAUUUAUCCAAUUUAAUGGAAUUAAAAGACCUCUUUUUGGUGGAGAUCAAGUUAUCUACAUUGAAUAUUGAAUACUUACCAGUAUCAUUGGUUGCUUUGGAUAUACAUGGAGGAACAAUUUCUUCUAUUGUGGAGGAUUUUAAGAAUUUUGUAAAUCUUCAAGAGUUGAAUAUUUCUGGAAAUAGAUUAUCUGAAGAAUUAAAGUUAUCUAUUUCUUCUAAUCCUCAGUUUUUCAGUGAGAAUCUCACCUACUGUGUAAUCUAA